CCCUCCCAAAGAGCUUUAGCGCGUGUCUUCGACAUGCCGCUCCUCUUCCCCUCUCUGCAAAGCUUCCUCGUCCCCCUGCCGCCGCCGCCGUCCGUCCGCCACCUCCGCCGCGAUCUCUCUCCUCCCCCUCAGUCCCAAUCCCUCCCUGCCACUCGCCUGCAAUCCCCUCAACAAUCUCUCUCCUCCUCCCCCCGCCUCCGCCGCCGCCUCCGCGUCCAGUCCUUCGACGGCGCCCGGCCGCUCGACUGCGAGCCCGAGCUCCCCGCCGGCUCCGAAUCGCGCGGCGAGCUCAAGAUCGCCGUCGUCGGCUUCGGCAACUUCGGGCAGUUCCUGGCCAAGACCCUCGCGCGCCAGGGCCACGCCGUCCUCGUCCACUCGCGAUCCGACCACUCCGACGCCGCCCGCGAGCUCGGCGUCACGUUCUUCCGCGAGGCGGACGACCUGUGCGAGGAGCACCCGGACGUCAUCUUGCUUUGCACCUCCAUCAUUUCGCUGGAGCAAGUCGUAAAGGCGCUGCCUUUGCAGAGACUGAAGCGGAGCACGCUGGUCGUCGACGUCUUGUCAGUAAAAGAGUUCGCGAAAUCUUUGCUCGUUCGGCUUUUGCCUCCCGAUUUCGAUAUAAUUUGCACGCAUCCGAUGUUUGGACCUGCGAGUGGGAAGAACGGAUGGAGCGGGCUUAAUUUUGUGUAUGAGAAGGUUAGGAUUGGCGAUGAGGAAUCGAGGAUUUCGAGGGCCGAGAAAUUUCUAGAAAUCUUCGCGAGGGAGGGGUGUAAUAUGUUGGAGAUGACUUGCGCCGAGCACGAUAAGAGUGCCGCCGAAUCACAGUUCAUUACGCACACGGUCGGGCGGGUUCUGGAGAAGUUGGAUUUGGAGUCGACGCCGAUUAAUACGAAGGGGUACGAAAAGUUGCUAGCUCUGGUGGAUAAUACUGCAGGGGACAGCUUCGAUUUGUACCAUGGGUUGUUCAUGUAUAAUAAGAACUCGUUGGAGAUGUUGGAGAGGUUGGAUUUGGCUUUCGAGACAUUGAAGCAGCAGCUGUUUGGAAGGUUACACGAUGUGGUGAGGAAGCAGUUGGUUGAAAGUGCUAAGACAGAGCCCGUCUCGCCAGAGAAUUACAAGGCGUUGAUGAAUAUUACAAGUGGUGCGGCUGCUUCAAAAUCAAAGGGAUUCCAAGAUGUUGCUCCAUCAAUCAGCUAUCUAGUGCCUAGCGCCAGCAAUUCUCAGGAUAGGUCGCCCCUCAAGAUUGCCAUUGUGGGAUUUGGAAACUUUGGCAAGUUUCUAGCAAAGACCAUGGUCUGCCAAGGUCACACAGUUAUAGCUUAUUCUCGAUCUGAUUACUCUGAGGCAGCUCAAAGGUUGGGGGUUUCUUUCUUUUCUAAUGCAGAUGAUCUUUGUGAAGAGCAUCCAGACGUGAUUCUUCUUUGCAGCUCAAUUUUGUCCACAGAGAGUGUCCUUAAGUCAUUGCCUCUCCACAGAUUGAAAAGGAAUACUUUGUUCGUCGAUGUACUUUCUGUGAAGGAAUUUCCGAGGGUUUUGUUUCUCCAGAACUUGCCAUUAGAUUUUGAUAUUCUUUGCACACACCCAAUGUUUGGACCCGAAAGUGGCAAGAAUGGAUGGAAUGGUCUUUCCUUUGUUUAUGAUAAAGUUAGGGUUGGAAAUGAUGAGUUAAGACAAGCACGAUGUGACCAGUUUUUGGGCAUAUUUGCACAGGAAGGGUGUCUGAUGUUGGAGAUGAGUUGUGCUGAACAUGAUUGGCAUGCAGCUGGGUCACAGUUUAUCACGCACACAAUGGGGAGGACUCUGGAGAAACUACAGUUGGAGUCCACCCCGAUCAACACGAAAGGCUAUGAGACUUUGUUAAAUUUGGUGGAGAACACGGCGGGUGAUAGCUUUGACCUCUACUAUGGGCUAUUCAUGUAUAAUGUGAAUGCGAUGGAGCAGCUGGAGAGGUUGGAUUUGGCAUUUGAUUCCCUAAAGGAGCAACUCUUUGGGCGUUUGCAUGGUGUCCUCCGGAAGCAAUUGUUUGAGAAUGCGGAUAAGCGUAAAGUUUGUGAAAAACCUGUAUUGCCAAAGCCAUCUCAGGAUGUUGAUGCUUUGUUGUCUUCAAAUUGGAUCCAAGUUCAAAAUUUAUGAAGUCUAAGCUUUGUUGUUUUGAGGUAGGCUUCCCACCUUUGCCUGACAUUGGUUUGUGCUUAAUUUUCCACAAAAUCUAAUGCUGAGAGAGUGAUUUUGGAGAAGAAGAUUGGACAAUAAAGUGUAGUUCCAUUUUGAGGUUAGGAAAAAGCUGCCAGUGUAUUUACUAUUAAGUUUCUCCAGAGAAAUUAAAUAAGAUACUCUGAUUUGAAAGCAUUAGUGGAGCAGUACUUUCUUAUUUUGGGGAGCAA